AUGGCUACCGUCUACGGUGUCCCCUAUUUCCUCGAGGACCAGUCUGGCGAUCUCGCUGGCUCCGAGUUCGUCGACCUCUACAAACGCAUCAGCCUCACCGUCCGCUGUACCCUGCGUUCCGACACCCACACCGCGUAUAUGGUGUACGAUAUGACCUCCCGCGGUGUCAAUCGCGGGGGCCUUCUUGUCCCUCUUGCUUGCCUCGAUUUCGGUGCCGGACACGCUCUCGGAACCAUCAAGGUCGGCGAGAAGGAGGCCGUGAACAUGAGCGACUACCUCACUAAGCUGUCGCCAUUGGGCAGCUCGAAGCAGCGUAAGUUUGUUGCAUCCGACGGGCAGGAAUACCGCUGGAAGUGGCGCUCGGACGCAGAUGACGAGUGGACAUGUGUGAACUCUAGCGGCUAUCAUGUCGCUUCCUACAGUCUCAAGCCCGCCGGCGAGCCGCAAUAUCAGUCGUCGUCGGGUUGCGUACUCACCGUAGAAGAAUCGUAUCCACAUCUUAUCGGAGAACUGCUUGCCUCUCUGACCAUAAUGCGUCAUAUUGCAAAAUAUAAUCUAUAA